AUGUGGUCACGACUUUUUCUGAUAUAUUUUUUUGUGGUGUGUGGCAUAGCCUUACCGGCUGAAAGAGAUAGACCCGUAUUCACUAUUGAUCAAAUACCCCAAUGGAUUGAAUAUGACGGAUAUUCAGCUGAAGUCCACAAUGUCAACACACCUGAUGGGUACAUACUGGAGUUGCAUAGGAUACCGUACGCACAGCACCAGAGUGCAUCCUCUACUAGAAGGCCAGUGGUUUUCUUGAUGCACGGCCUGAUGGCGGCUUCCAACUCCUACAUUACCCUUGGACCACGAUAUAGCAUAGCUUACAACUACGCGGAUGCCGGUUUCGACGUGUGGAUGGGCAAUGCCCGUGGUAACAGACUAUCACGCCAUCACGAAGCACUCAACCCAGAUGAUGAUGAAGAGAAACUCAAAUUCUUCGACUUCAGUUUCGAAGAAAUUGGGAUUGAUGUUGCUCAAAUGAUUGAUUAUGUCUUGGAGGUUACUGGCGAAGAGAAACUUCAUUACAUAGGCCACUCGCAGGGAGGUACAGUGUUUCUUGUGUUGGCCUCCAUGUUGCCGGAAUAUAAUGAGAAAUUUACCUCGGUUCACCUUAUGGCCGGUGUUGGAUACCAAGAUUAUUUCCCAAGUAGAAUACUGCGUUUCCUAGCCAGUUAUACUGAUGAGAUUCACGCUGCAGCUCUCCGUUUGGGUUUGGUAGAAGUAUCAUCUUCUACUCUGAACUUGAGUCCUGAUUUGACAGAUAUAGCAGUAGGAGAAAAUUUACAGGACUAUUUAAAUAUUCUCAUCGCUAUUAUUCAAUAUCUGAGGGAUGUCACAGACACAGGUAUAGAACAAGAUGUACCAGAUAUGUUCGGUGGAGCUGCCUUAAAACAAAUCGCACAUUAUGGUCAAAACAUAAGAGACAAAGCAUUCAGACGAUGGGAUUACGGUGCAGUUAAAAACAAUGAAGUAUAUGGAACAGUCACGCCACCAAUAUACGAUUUAAGUUUGAUAACAGCUAACGUAACAAUGCAUUAUACCAUUAAUGAUAGACUGCUUGAUGAGCGUGACGUAUUAGCUAUGGCAAGAGACAUGCCUAAUACAGUUCCUAGAAAAGUAGCGAGAGAUGACUUUUUGCAUGCAGACUUUGUAAUAGCACUUGACGCUAAAGAAUUAGUAACGAAUUAUAUGAUUGAAUCGAUGUUGCAGGCAGAAAAUAUGGAGCCUACAGGACCGGAUGGAACUCCAGGAUCAGGUGAUGGAGAUAUCACAACUCCUAAUCCAGAUGAACCAGAUUCUAGUAAUAUUGUUGCACUAAGUCUAGUUAUUAAAAUAUACCUAUGUAUUCAUACAUUAUGGACCCUAUUAUAG